AUGGCCCGGAGUGAGAGUUUGCGAGAACGGUUGGUCCGUCUGCGGUCGAAGACGGCGAAGAGGGGCGCCGGGACGGGGGCAAGCAGCAGGGCCAGCCGUGACGGCGGCUCGGAGUUAGACUCGGCGCCACGGAAGAAGAGCUUCUUCGACGACGACGAGCACACGCAGGCGACGCUUGUCGAGGCGCCCGAGAACGCCCUCCCGAACAUGCACUUCCCCGGCGUCGACACGGGCCGGCCGGCCACGAGGGCGUCCGUCUUGACGGUCGCCCGCCGGCUCGCCGGGGCGUACCUCUUUCCGCAGCUCGGCGUCGGCGUCGGCACGGGGCUGCUGUCGCAGACCUCCAAGACGGCCCGGAUCUCCCGCCAGUACCCGCAUGUGCUUGUGCAGGACCAGCUCUACGCCGUCUUCGGCGGCCAGCAGACGCUCGUGGACCGGCUCGUGUGCGAGCUUGUCGCCGACGGAGACCUCCGCGUGCUCGACAUGAACUACGAGAACUUCGGCUUCACGGUGCUCGUGCCCGGCGACGAGUUCCUGCGCACGACCACGGCCAACUUCCGGGAGUCGGAGGCCCCGCUGAGGGACCGCUACGUGGAGCUGCUUGCCGCAGACCCGGCCGCCACGCAGAUCGCCGCCUCGGACUUGCUUGACGCAGACAUCGGCUUCUCCACCUUGAUCUCGAGGGGCCUCAUCUGCAUCUCCGCCGCCGAGGCUGGCGGCACCGGUGUCUACAACAUCACGCUGCCCCAUCUCGGCGGCCUGCUCCGCGUCGUCAAGAGCUCCUGCAAGUGGAUCGCCGCUCUCACCGCCAAGACCAGGGAGCACAUGGUGCUGGCGUCCGUGCUCCGGGAGAGGUGGUUCCGGCCGUACGUGCCGCCCAAGACACAGACAAAGAAGCCGUCCGACGCAGACGCCCACGCUGCCUUCAAGCGGGAGUACUACACAACCGACAGGGUCGGCACGGCCCAGCACAAGCCCGACGCCACGGGGCCCGGCGUGAACAUUGUCAAGUUCCGCGGGGUUGGCCUCGACUGGGUGCUAGCGUUGAUGGUCGGCGCCGGUCUGCUCGAGUCCUACGAGUCCCCCGUCGGCCUUGUCUACCGCUCCACAGGCAAGGCCCUUGAGUAA